AAACAUUUCAUAUCACAUUCAUCAAACUUGGAUCAGAACAAAAAAGAAAAUGGCCACCUCCAACUACAAACCCCAAAACUCAUUCUCCAUGUUGUUAGUAACAUUUUUCCUCUUGUUACUCAACAAAGCAAACUCAACCGACUCCAUUUCAUUUUCCAUCACCAAAUUUGUCCCAGGCCAAAAGAAUCUGAUCUUCCAAGGCGAUGCCCUAGUGAGGCCAUCAGGCACACUAGAGCUCACAAAAGUAGAAACCGGCAUCCCAAUCUCAGGCUCUAUUGGCCGUGCCUUAUAUGCCGCCCCUAUCCGCAUUUACGACGACACCAACGUUGCUAGCUUUACCACCUCCUUUUCUUUCAUCGUCAAAGCACCGAAAAGAAUCAACGGUGCUGAAGGCUUUGCUUUCUUUCUAGCACCAGUUGAUACUCAGCCUCAGAAACCUGGAGGUUUUCUUGGUCUUUUCAAAGACAAAAAACUCGACAAAUCUAACAAAAUCGUUGCGGUUGAGUUCGAUACGUUCUUCAACGAAGAAUGGGAUCCACAAGGGAAUCAUAUCGGAAUUGAUGUCAACUCUAUUGAGUCACUAAAAACAACCAGGUUUGCUUUGGCUAAUAAUGAUGUAGCUAAUGUUGUGAUAAACUAUGAAGCUUCGACGAAAACGUUAACUGCGUCUCUGGUAACACCUUUGCGUGAAACUAGCUAUAUUGUUUCUGCUGUGGUGGAUAUAAGGGAAGUUCUUCCACAGUUUGUGAGAAUUGGUUUCUCUGCAACUACUGGAUUAUCUGAAGGCUUUGUUGAGUCGCAUGAUAUUCUUUCUUGGUCUUUUGAAUCCAAGUUUCCUGGUAGCAAGGCUUUGAAGAAGAACCUGGCUGGAAAUGCUAUGUUUGAUUCUAUGUUGUUUUAAAAAACAUUCUAGUUGUGUGUGUAUGCGGUGAAAAUUAUAAUAAGACCUGCAACAAUGGUUAUGGUACUAGCUAUUUGAAUUUUAAACGGUCAUGCUCAUAAACUGCAAAAUCUUGUAAUACUUUUAUUGUUGACCGAUGUAAUAAUAAUUUAUUUUGUUACCAUUGAAA